AUGGACGCUGCAGCUGACGACGGCGCCACCCUCCGCGACGUGCUGCUGCAGACCGUGGCGCGCCGCACUAUGGCACUCGGGAGCUUUUACACGGACCUGCGUCUCACCGACGAGCAGCUGCGUGGCGCGAAGGAGGAUGUGCGCCUUGCACGAACGUGGGAACAGCAACGGGUGUGCAGCGCAAUGCGGCGGGCCGAGCUGAACGCACAGCGGCAGGUGCUUCUGGAGUCGGAGCGGCAGGGCGCCGCGUCUGUCGCGAAGCAAAUGGGGGUGAGGGCGCGUGAGUUGCGUGCGCGGGCAAUGACAGCCCUCGAGGCGGAAGCAGCUGCUGCAGAGGCACUGCUGCAGGCUACGGAGCAGACCGACCAGCGACGGUUGCUACAGCAGCACAAUAACGCAGAGCGAUCAAUCGCCACCACCACCACCACCACCACAACUCCUGCUGCUUCUACGAAGACGAGGGAGAUGGCGUCCGUGCCGCGUGUGGUGCUGAACAUUGAUGUGGGCAGCGGUAGUAUUGACCGACUCGUGCUCCGUGACGGCGACGACGUAGACGAGUUGGCGGCGGCGUUUGUGCGCCGCCACGGACUGCCACAGCACACCGUCCGCAUCCUCGCAGCACAGGCACGGGAGGCGCUAGAGGAGCAGCAUCACUGA